AUGGGAGAUAUCGCAAUUAAACCCAUCACUCAUCACGUGGAAGAUCAACUUGCCCAGCCAGAGCAUCUAUCCCAAGAGCACCAGACCUAUCUCCUCCAGAGGCACGGCAGGGUGGAUUUAGUGCCGCUGCCUUCAAAUGAUCCAUUGGACCCGCUGAACUGGCCGGCAUGGAAGAAAAAUAUCAACCUCGCCCUCGUCGCCUUUCAUGGCCUGGUAUCCACCGGCGGAGCGGUUGCCGUGGUCCCGGCUUUUGAAACAUGGACAAUCCAGUUCCAAGUCUCAAUGGACAUUGCCAGUUACCUCGGCUCUGCACAGGCAAGCAUUCCCCAGAUGAGUAGCAACAGGUCAGCUCAAAGCUACGGUGCACUCAUGGCACUACGUAUCCUGCAAGCCCUGUUCAUCUCCCCGGGGAUCGCUAUGGGACAGGCGGUGGUGGCGGAGUCUUUCUUUGCUCAUGAGAGGGGACAGAAGAUGGGAAUAUGGGCUCUCCUAAUCACUCUCGGGCCACCGGUCGGCCCUUUCAUCAUGGGCUUCGUGAUCCAACACCUCGACUGGCGUUGGAUGUUCUGGAUCAUGGCAAUCAUUAAUUUUAGCCAAUUCCUGGCCUAUUUGGUUCUGAGCCCCGAAACCCUGUACGAUCGUGAUCCGACAGUCCAGACCAGACCCAGCCGGUACUUUGGCUUCAGGCGAAUCAUACCUGGGCCCUUGACAAAACAGGAAUUUUUGCUUCCAUUCCGUCUACUGGGAGAUAUGCGGGUGCUUCUGCCCACCAUUGCAUAUGCCAUCGUCUUCAACUUUACUCUGGUUCUAAUGACGGUGGAAAUUCCUGCUUUUUUCACCGAGUUAUUCCAUCUAUCACCACAGCAGAUCGGUAUCAAUUUCCUCGGUCUGUUGGUCGGAUGCUCGCUAGGCGAGGUAGUCGGCGGCCCAUUGAGCGACUUCUGGCAACAUAAAUUGUCCAAUUGCGAACUCAACUCCCAUCCACCCCCUGAGCGACGCUUAUGGCUCUCAUACCCCGGGUUUAUCCUAACCACGGUGGGCAUCGCCAUCUUCUGCGUCACCUUGGAUGAAGCCACUCCGCUCCACUGGACCAUCAAGCCGAUCAUAGGCAUCGCCAUUGGGGGCUUUGGAGUCCAGAUCGUGACUACCAUAUGCAUUACCUAUUGCUCUGACUGCCACCCCGAAAUCCGGUCGUCUGCGCUCGGGGUCGCCAUCAACUUCGUGCGCUGCACAUGGGGAUUUAUUGGUCCCUUCUGGUUUCCGUACAUGUUUGACUCAUGUGGAUUGCGCGGAUCGGUGGGUUUGAUGGCGGGAAUUAUAGUGGUAUUUUCGAUUCUUCCAGUGGCUGUUGUGCAGUUUGUUGGGGGACGGGGUUAA